AUGGAUAUUCAUUCUACUAUUUUAUAUCACCUGAAGGAGGAUAUGUGGUUAAGUUAUCUGGCACAAAAGCUAAUAUCAACGGAUCGCUUAGCCCCUCAAUCAUGGUGUGCAAUGGGAAAUUACUUUAGUAUGCAAAAAGACCAUGAAACUGCUCUCAAGAACUUUCAACGUGCAGUGCAACUGAAUUCAAGAUUUGCAUAUGCUCACACCCUUUGUGGUCAUGAAUAUGUGGCAUUGGAGGACUUUGAGAAUGGAAUAAAAAGUUACCAAAACGCCCUUCAAGUCGAUGCAAGACAUUAUAACGCAUGGUAUGGCCUUGCCAUGAUAUAUCUUCGCCAAGAAAAAUACGAAUUCUCAGAACAUCACUUUCGAAAGGCUCUCCAAAUAAACCCCUGUUUUUCUGUCAUAAUGUCUUACUUGGGAACCUCAUUGCAUGCUUUGAAGAGAAACGAAGAAGCGUUAGAGAUAAUGGAGAACGCGAUAAUAGCGGAUAAGAAGAACUCUCUCCCGAUGUAUCAAAAAGCUAACAUUCUUGUGAGCAUGGAAGAUUUUAAUGGUGCUUUGAAAGUUCUAGAAGAUCUUAAAGAAUACGCACCUGGUGAAAGCAGUGUGUAUGCAUUAAUGGGAAACAUACGCCUUAUGUAUGACAAGGCCAUGCUUCAUUUAGGUCUUGCAUUGGAUUUAAAACCUUCUGCGACAGAUGUCGCUACUAUUAAGGCAACCUACUUUUCUAAUAUAAGUAGUACAAGCCUGACACAUGUACGCAUGUGUCAGGCCUAA